AUGCAGUUAAUUCUCCAUAUAGCAUUUAAUCAAUUUGUUAAUAUUUAUUCAAUUGCUAUUGAAGCUUUAGAAGAGAGUGGCCCAAAUACUGUAAAACUAUUCAUCAAUCACCAAACAAUUGAUUUUAAUCAUGUUAAAACAAUUGAAGCGGUUCAAAUUCUCAAAUUUGAAAAGAUACAACUUAAACACGGAUUACCAAUUGAAUUACAAUUCGAUAAAUUUGAAAAUGUUAACUCAUUAUCACUAUUUUUUGCAAAUAAUCAAUCCAAUUUCAAUCAAACAACUAUCCAAUCGAUCACGAUUUUUGGAACACUAGCUGCUACAACGAAAAACAAAGCAACAACCAAUAUGUGA